UCAUGUGUAUGUGUUCAAGCUAAAGGUUAGCUAGCUGCUAGCUGUGUGGAGAUGCCAGUAGGGACAGAAAUGCAAGGAGCGCAGAGCCUGCCAGUGAAUGUUUUGUGGCCUUGAUGGCACUCGGAAGGGAUACAUAGCCGACUAGGCAUCUGUUUGAAGUAUUUAGGGUCUGACUGCAGCUCAAAGCCAAAUUACCUACCUAACUAACUAGCUCGCUGGGUAACUAACUUUAGACGCAGUGCCAGUGACUUUGUCAGUUUACAUUUGUCUAGUUUUUGUUUUUAAUCGUUCGAAUUUACUAGCUCGAUAAGUGCAUUAUCAUGAAUCUCACAGUUUACUAACGCGCUACCCGUCCAGGUAAGUAGUUUGCUUAGCAACGUGAGGCCCUGUAUGCUACCAACCAAGCUAACUAAUUUCAUUUUUUAGUUGAUGGCUAGAACUACACUAGAUCAAAGUACAGUAAACUAAGAUUAGUAUACCUAUCUAGACAGGGACUUUAUGGCACUGAAUGCUGGAGUGAAGUCUAUAUGAAUAGUUACAGUUAGAGCUGUUGUAGGUAGCUAGCGAACUAGCCAACUAGUUUAUUAGCUCGCUACUGAGGCUGUUUUGGCAGGCAUUUACUCUGACCCUGGCCUCUGCGAUCCCUAUUCCAUAUAUAGCAUCGACAUCUAUGAGCUGAGAAGUAUGAUCAAGUUUGCUAUCUGCUUCAAAAUAGAAGUUUUUCAGGUCUUCGCCGUAUUCCAUUAAACAGCUGGGUCAGACGUUGCAAGGCCUAGCAAUAGGAACUGCUGGAGAGCAGGCGUCAGACUUCUAACACGAGAAAUCUGUCACUCCUGUUGUCCCGUCAAUUGUCAACGAAGUUUGUCAUCUUAUACCUUGCUGAUGCAGUUGAUCGGAACUGCGCUGGCCAAACCGCUCCGGUGACUUGAGAUAUAUUCCUUUUGUGCAUACACUGUCAUGUUAGAAAGUACAAUACAAGGACACACGCACAUGUCAAAUAGCUGUUUUUUCCCCCCUGGUUUACAUUUAAACAGGUUAAAAUAGGCACCUUACGCCACAUGCUACAAAAGAUUGGCAAUAUUUAGAAAAAAAAAAUCACUUCAGAGAAGUAGGUACAUGUGUGUUAGUAGUGCAAGUUUGUUGGUGGAAUAUUGGUUUGGCAGUAUUGAAACUAGUAAAGAACCCCUGCUAUGAUGUGGAAAAGAGUGAGAAUGUGGUGCGUAGUUUGUUUGUACAGUCUUAAGGUUUCCCUCAUUCAGGACUGACUGUGUUCCGCCGAGUGCGCAGGAGGCAAGGUUCCACGCGCAUGGCACGCUAAGCGGGCGCACGAUGAGCGGGCAGCCGGACGCGCUGGCGGUGGUGAACCAGCUGCGGGACCUAGCUGCUGACCCCCUCAACAGGCGAGCCAUCGUCCAGGAUCAAGGCUGCUUGCCAGGCCUCAUCCUUUUCCUGGACCACCCCAACCCACAGGUCGUCUACUCCGCACUUUUGGCCUUGCGGUACCUGGCAGAAUGCCGUGCCAACCGGGAGAAGAUGAAGGGCGAGCUGGGGAUGAUGCUGAGUCUGCAGACUGUCAUGCAGAAGUCGACGACCCCCGGCGAGACGAAGCUGCUGGCUUCCGAGAUCUACGAGAUUCUGCAGGCUUCCAGCAACGCCGAGUCAGAGCAGGGGGCCUCCUGCAGGCGCAAGGCCCAGUUCUUCCUCGGGACCAACAACAAGCGUGCCAAGACCGUGGUGCUCCACAUAGACGGGCUGGACGACCCUAGCCGGAGGAGCCUGUGUGAGGAGGCGCUACUUAAGAUCCGAGGCGUCAUCAGCUUCACCUUCCAGAUGGCGGUCAAGAGGUGCGUCGUCAGGAUCAGGUCGGACCUCAAGGCAGAGGCCCUGGGCACAGCUAUUGCUUCCACCAAAGUCAUGAAGGCACAGCAAGUUGUAAAGGGUGAGGAUGGAGAUGAGGUGAUGGUCCCGUUCCCGGAGGACUCCCAGGUGGUGGUGGAACAGAACACGGAUCUUCCGGACUACCUGCCCGAGGAGGACAGCCCGUCUAAGGAGCUGGACAAGGCCGUGUCGCGCGUGGGCUCCAUGCAGGACGGCAUGGGCUGGCUCAGCGCCGCCGCAAACUUUUUGUCCCGCUCAUUCUACUGGUGACACGGUGGCCACCCGGGGCUUUUUGCAGUGACUGCACAGAAUUGGGCUGCAGGCCCCGUCCCCCCGUGACGCUGUACUGCCAAGUGCCAAUCGCAAUAAUGCAACUGCGUAAAAGCAAGCAAACGCUGCACGCACCUACAUUCGCACACAUGCCCUGUCCGCUCUAAGCUGACCCCGAGCCACUGGAAGAUGAGGACUGGGUUCAGGAUAGGCCUCUCAUCGCUCCUCACUCUCUGUGAUUUCAUUCAAAAGGAACUUCUCUCGUUCUCAAUGGGUCCACCUUUCUACAAUCCGAAAUGUGUUGUGAAGGAUGCUUCAUUUAUAGGGUUUCAGUGGAGUCACUGCAGAGCUCUGACCUCGUCCCUCAUGAAGCAGCUCUGGGAAGGAACGGAUCUUUGUUUCGCAUGAGUUUGGUAGCUCCAUUUAGUAUGUUUCCCUCUCAUCUGAAAGUUUUUUUUUUUUUUGUUUCAUAAAUGCAGAUUUAUUCAUGCUGAUUUCUUUCCGUGCUUUUUAAAGGAUGCUUUUUCUUUUCUUUUUCGCAUGUGCCGUUCGAGUUGCCUGCUUCAUUUGUGUAUGUGCUUAUUCUAUCAUGUGUGCCUUUGCCUUUUUAAUCACUGUUUGUUUUUUCCUCCCCCCUCCAUUCAAACCUAUGUCACUAAAAAUCUGAACACACUAUCUUUAUUAUCAUUGGCCCAAUCUGUAAUGACACUGCACCAGCUCUCCCAGGCUUCUGCACGGGUAGCUGCAAAGUCCUGUUUGUGAGGAAAUUCGAUUAAAUGUGCAAUGGCUGCUACCUAGUUCAAAACGCAUAGCAUCUGCUACAUUAAGUGAUACUAAUAUACAGUAAAACAGGAACCAUGGCAGUAGAUCUGUAUCUUUUCUACCAUAGCUCUUGCAGUAGAGCUGCUGUCAGUAGAGCUGCAGACAUUGGAAACAUGUUUCAAGCAGUUGCUUCUUGCUAGGAGUGCAAGUGGGCUUGCCAGGAUUCAGUUUUAAUGGUCAUCUUGGAUAUAUAUAUUGAGAUCACUGAACUCAGAACACCAACACUAAGAAAUAUUGACAGUAUUAAUAGUUAAUAACCUAUGAAUUUUUGCUUAAAUUUGCUUAAAUUUCUAAAAUGUGGUAUAACAGAAGGUUGGGAUUUCCCUGCCAGCUCAAGCAACAAUUUUGGAACACUUCGAGAUUUAUGAUUUAUAGAUACUUGCAUACGAGUAUAAGUAUCACGUAGUUCUUCUUUUCUAGGUGAUCUGUAGUGUUUCUUUUUGCUUAAGGUUGGGAUAUUUGCUGCCUCAUUAUAGCUUUAUGUUGUUCAUUUGGCAGAGGGUUGUAGUUUCCUUUGUCCGUUUUAAAAUUAUUCUUCUUUGGAACCUGCCUAUAAGACAAUGUCCUGAACAUAAGUAGUGAUAACACUGAAAGUAUAUGCUGUAUAAAUAUUGAUUUUUAUUUUCAAAAACUGGAAAAAAAAUCAGAUUAAAUCCUGGCAAGCCCAAGUAUAAUUAUUGCACAGAUUAUGGUCAUUUAUAGCACUUUGCUUCUGGCACCACCAGCCACACCAUGGCACUGUAGGCUCCUUACACUACGUGAUUCUAUGUCAACCACAUAUUACUUCUCUACCUACCCAGCAAUGCUUCAGUGAGACAGUUGUAGUAUCCUACUGUUGUAGACCAUGUUCUUUGUAAUGAACCAUGCUCUUACUUUCUGAAUCAGGAGGUCUUGUAUCUUUACAUAUCAGUUUGUCCCUUGAUUGGUGGAAGUCAUCCACCCUCUUGCCAAAAGUGCUUUUUGUGCGUUGCACAGCUAAGCACCCUUAAAGUGGAAACUGAUGUAGAGAUGGAGAGCCUCCAUUGUUUUUUUUUUAUUUCCUUUUGUUUUUUUUUGUUUUUUUUCAGGGAGCCAGCAGUGUCUUUGAAGCUCUGCCCAUGAAGAGACCCCGCACAUUUGUGCAGGUUUCAUGAGUGCAGCAGACGCUUUUCAAAUCAGGGUUGUUAAUAUGUAAUAUGGUGCCUGAUUUUCUCGCUCCCGCACUAAAUGCUUAGAUUUCAGUCCUAAAUUCUGAAACGAUUGUGUUGCACACUCAGGCUGAAUUGCACAUAGCCAGUGAUCACUGGGGCUCUGAUCAUUUAUGUACAGUUCCUCUGAACUUCUGAGCAAUUGGUAUUUUCCGUUUGGCCAGUCUGUAUGGACAACCUCCCUGUCGGAGUAAAGAUGUGUGUCUUCCUCCCAAGACUAACAUGAAGAAACCAGUCUACACUGUAGCAUGUUGACAGGUCCCUCUGUAGAAUUGUCUUUGGCUGAUAUUGUCUUUGAUUUAGUGGCAUUGACGCAUUUUCAUUAAUCCCUUCACCUUGUCAUUUUUUUUAAGCAUGACAGUAUUUAAAACAAUACAUUUGUAAGGUGAAAGUAUUUGCACAAGUAGACUCAUAUGUUACUAGCCACAUUUGCUGUUCAACAGCAAUAUAAUGCCAACGUAACUAAUUACUUGGCACAGGGUAAGAUUGGGAUGUCAUCAGCAUUAAGUAUUCUAUAGCAUGAUAUACAAUUAUGUACCAUUAUUCUGUAUAUCUUUUCAGUGUCUACCAUGCACAAAGCUUUCAGUAUUAACAUUCUGAAAUUUUGAUUUAAGGAAUGUAGAAUCAACCACUGCAUAUCAUAGGUACAGAACAGUGAAGCAGUGUUAGAACUAUGUCUUACCUUGUAACAUAAUCAUGCUCUAGAUGCAAUUAGGUCAUGAAUGUGUAACACAUUUUAACAUUUGAAACCUCAACGUGAUACUCAGUACAUAAAGAAGGAUAAAUAACCCUGUUGCAAUUCUUCAGCAUUUUCCUGUAGAGCUUCACAUUUGCAAUGUGUGUGCGCCUUCUUAGGUACAGUAUUAAUCGUUUCAAACAACUAUGGCU